ACAAACAUGCCGAAGCGGCGCAGAGAACGCGACAAGCCCAAGUGCGGACCCGAAGCUACCUAUGAUCCUAACAAACGCGUUUUGCUCAGUUACGGGUCCGACGACGAAGAUGUCGAAGUCGCGACUCUCCCAGUCGACGCGGCACCGGAAAUGGCUUCAGACGAGAGCGCGCUCGCAAACUAUCAGAUUGCCGAAUAUCCCGAUGAUGAGGAAGAGCCUGAAGCGACACUUGGAGCAGAAGCUGAAGCCGACACAGCGCCAGGACUCGAGGACAAGCAGAAUGCCGUGCCAGCGCCACGAGAACCAAGAGAGCUAGGAUACGCGGAUGGGCCAGAUGGAGAUGAAGAUCACCGGCAAGGAGCAGCACCAAUACCACAAGCAUCGACCAGCAAGAGACAGCGCGGCGUUGGAAAGUCUGACACAGGACAACGCGUCACUUUAGGUGCUGCAGCAAACGAUGACGAUAACUACAACGAAGAGGACUAUGACAGCACAACGGAAGAAGCGCUGGCAUAUCUAGAAUCUGUCCGGGCAGAAAGACAGGGACUGCCUGAGAUCCUGGCAGCAUCACGGCAAGUCUGUGACAACCACAGCGACGAAGAAGGAGAAGACGACGCUGACAAUGGCUAUCUGGCCGACGAUGGCACGUACAUCGCACGGCCAGAACCGACAGCUGUCGCAGCAGACGACAACACAGAUCCCCAACGAGUCUUUUCGAAAGCCCUGAAAGACCGCUUCAUCAUGCAGCGGAAACAUCUCCAUAUGAAUACCACAUCCGCAAAACUAGCAGAGCUUGGUGACGGCUACCCAACCUCAUUCCCAGAGGGCAACAAGGGACUCCGCGCCGAAUGGCAUCGUAUCUUAGGCUCCCAAUCGCCCAUGCCAGCUCAAUUGCGUGCUAUGAACGAGGAGACCAUUUUCAAUCUACUCAAGCUGCUGCAGAGCUCGUACUUGCUGAAGGGUAAGAACAUCAAGACUGUCACCAGUGCCUGGAUAUGGUCGCUCCUCUGUCGACUUGAUGAUGUUGGGAAUAUGACCAACGACCAAGUCUAUCCACUGCGUGAGCUCGGUAAGCGAGUCAUCUUUCUUCAGCUGCACUUUUUCGAUCCAGAAGCCGCGGCGCACCUCGAAGCUAUGGAGCGGAGGGAACAGACUCCGGCGGCGAGUGUUGAUGGCCAGCUUGAAGAUGCAGCAGAAACUGAAGCAGGUGAGGGACCAAACUCAAUGACAACAAGCAACCAGCAAGUCAGCACUCAUCACGGCAAGCCUACGGAAAAUACACUUGCAACGCUCGACACGAUUUUGGUCAUUGUUGGCGAGGUAUUCGGGCAACGUGAUCUGCUCGAGUUCAGACAACCAUGGGCAAAGCUCAGCGAGGAGGCAGCAGCAUGAUGAUCAAGCGGUUCACGCGCUCCAUCAUGUGCACGAAUAUGACUAUCAGCCGACAUCGUAUGCUGCAAUCUGUAAU